AUGAAUAGAGCAUAUUCCAUCCCGAUAGAUCUCAUUCUCGAGAUACUCUCAAGAUUGCCUUCAAAAUCAGUAGGGAGGUUUCAUUGUGUGUCCAAGCUAUGGCGAUCCAUGCUUAGUCGUCCAUAUUUCACAGAGUUGUACUUGACCAGGUCAUCUGCUCGACCACGUCUCUUAUUCACUGUCUACAGAAGUGGCGAUGAGGACCUGCACUUCUACUCGUCGCCACAGCCUCAGAUUCCGUAUGAGAAGUCUUCUCUUGUAGUAGCGGCCGAUUAUCAUACGACGUUCCCUUCAAGACGUUGUAACUAUGCAUGUGGUUUGAUAUGUUUCAGUGGAAGGUGCCACUCAGGAAAGGAAGCACUUGCUCUGAUAUGUAAUCCUAUCACGGGACAGUAUGUGGAGUUACCUAAAGUGACCAUGUACAAUACGUCAGAAGCCUAUUUAGGGUUUGAUCCAGUUAACAAACAAUUGAAGAUAUUGCUAGAGCAUCAUCCUUAUUGUCCUCCAAGGGAUCGUCAUAAAAUUUUGACAUUAGGAGUUCCAAACCAUGUGUGGAGGAGUAACAUCGUUUGUCCAAAAUACUACACUUCUUUUUGGGAAGGAAUAUGCAUCAGUGGAGUUAUAUACUACGUGGCUCAUGAAAACGGCAUAGGAGUGAUAUUUUGUUUUGACGUUAGGUAUGAGGAGUUUAAAGUUAUUAAAGCAGAAUGCUUUCGUUGUCAUCAAGCUCCGAGAUUGAUAAACUACAAGGGUAGAUUAGGUUUGAUUACUUGGAAUCCUGAUUACCGUGGUCCUCCUGAGCUGCAUAUGUGGGUUCUACAUGAUGUCGAGAAACAAGAAUGGUCCAAUUAUGUCUACCCUUUGCCUGAGAAUGGUGCCAUUGAACUCUACAAGUUCUCAAUUGCUGGAAUGACUACUACAGGUGAAUUUGUUUUGUCUACGAUCGAUACAUUACCGUUUUAUGUUUUGUACUUCAAUCCCGAAAAGAACACUCUCCGGAGUGUUGAAAUCCAAGGUUUUGGUGAGAAUGUUAGUAGAAUUAGAGUCUUUGUAGACCAUGUGGAGGAUUUCAACUUUUUAAAAAGAGAGUCUAGCUAG